CACUUCUCCACAGUCCUCUCUUUCCCGAGCCUAUAGGCAGGCUUUACAAGAGUCACUCCUGCUCGAGCACGAAUAUUUGACGAUAUGCGGAUGCUAGCGCAAGAGGAAGAGACCGACGACGUCGAGGUGACCUGGGAAGAUCAGCAGAGAAUAAACAAUUUCUCAAAGUUAAAUACACGUCUACGAGCUAUCGAAGCCAAGCUGGAGGGUUUGAAGCAAGAGAAAGAGGCACUAGAUGAUUUAUCCACUGAACUCGAGCUUGCAGACGAAGAUGAGCCAGUAAUGUACAAAAUUGGCGAAUCAUUCUUCAACCUCUCGCACUCCGGUGCUAUGAAACGUCUAGAGAGCGACCAAGAGUCCAUUUCCUCGCAAAUAGCUGCUUUGGCAACGUCAGCUGAGGAGUGCGAGACGACGAUGAAGGAGCUCAAGGUCGUCCUCUACGCGAAAUUCGGGAAGGCUAUAAAUCUCGACGAAUAGUUGCGCAGGAAGGAGAAGGACAGUAAGAUUGCAGGCAUCGAUACGUUCGGGAGGCGUGUAUUAAAGAGGCAUUACUGUAUGUGUGGUAUAUCUAUAGUCUCCGAGACGAAUUCCAUUUACCCUAACC